AUGGUUCUUAACCUGGGCGAGCCUCAGAUUAACCUGCGCAGCUGUCGAAGGAAAACGGGUCUCAUCAGCGGAGGUGCAGGGUCUGUUCCUGAUUUUCUCAGUCCAUGGGGCAGCGUGGGGGUUGACAGUGAGGGAGGUGCUGGGAGCCUGCAGCCCAAAGUAACCUUCACCCAGACUUUUCAGAAGACAUGGUCUCCUUGUGGAGAUCCUCCUGCCUCAGCUUCAGAAGUCACUAAGAUUACAGGAAAUGGUCAUACCUGCCCUGAUGAGCAACACUUUCAAUUAAAAAGGAAUCUAAAAGAAAACAGCAGUGCCAUGUUAGGAGUAGAGGAAGACCACAAGCUGGAGAGUCUUAUGCUAACUCGGCACUCCCAUCCCAACUCCUCCACCUACCAGAAGCUCUCGGGUUGGCGGGUCUCGGGGCGGUUCAGGGAAGGGAAAUGUCCGCUCGCACCCGCAGUCGGAGGACACCCGCACACAGGACACCUCGGGCAGGGGCACGCGGCCUCCACACCGCGACGGCGCUGCCUAAGCCGCGCACCCAGCCUCGGGGGUGGCGGCCGGUCUCCGCUCCGCAGAGCAGACACCGUCGGGUCCCCCCCGGGGCUCCGCCCCCAGCCCGCGCCCCGCCCCCCCGGCCCCGAGACGCCCGCGGACGAGGCGGCGCGUCCCCGCACAGGGAGAAGAAGAGGGCCAAGGCCGAGAGGGGCGGCGGGCGCCAGGAAACCCGGCGCGAGCGGCCCGGGAGCCCGCGGGAGCCCUGCCUCUCCUAGCGGUCCCCGCGGGGUGUCAGAUAGUGAUGCAUCUCCCUAUGGAGAGCCACUGAAGCCAGAGCAGACCGGGAGGGAGUGGGGAGACGACGAUGGGCCCCCACGUGGUGGGGACCCCGUGCUAGUCAGUGAAUAUAAUGAUAUACUGAUACUCAAUAGUUUUUCUUUUCUUUCUUUUUUUUUUUUUCCAGGUACCAAGUCCUCUGGUUUAGGGGCCUGUGAGUGGCUUCUUGUCCUCACUUCCCUGCUCUUUGUCAUCAUGACCUUCCCCUUUUCCAUCUGGUUCUGCAUAAAGGUUGUACAAGAGUAUGAGAGAGUUAUUAUAUUUCGACUGGGCCAUCUGCUUCCUGGAAGAGCCAAGGGCCCUGGUCUUUUCUUCUUUUUGCCCUGCCUGGAUACCUACCACAAGGUUGACCUGCGUCUCCAAACUUUGGAGGUACCCUUUCAUGAGGUUGUGACCAAAGACAUGUUUAUAAUGGAGAUAGACGCCAUCUGCUACUACCGAAUGGAAAAUGCCUCUCUUCUCCUAAACAGUCUUGCUCACGUGCCCAAAGCUGUCCAAUUUCUUGUGCAAACCACAAUGAAGCGUCUCCUAGCACAUCGAUCCCUCACUGAAAUUCUUCUAGAAAGGAAGAGCAUUGCCCACGAUGUGAAGGUCGCCUUGGAUUCAGUGACCUGUGUUUGGGGAAUCAAAGUGGAGAGAACAGAAAUUAAGGACGUGAGGCUGCCAGCUGGGCUCCAGCACUCCCUGGCUGUGGAAGCCGAAGCACAAAGACAAGCCAAAGUGCGGAUGAUCGCUGCAGAAGGGGAAAAGGCUGCCUCUGAGUCCCUGAGGAUGGCAGCUGAGAUUCUCUCAGGCACCCCAGCUGCUGUUCAACUUCGAUACCUCCACACCCUUCAGUCUUUGUCCACAGAGAAACCUUCUACUGUGGUUUUACCUUUGCCAUUUGAUCUGCUAAAUUUCCUGUCUCCUCCCAGCAAUAAAACUCAAGGAAGCAUCCCUUUCCCAAAUCACUCCAAAUAUGUUGAGCCACUAAAUCCUAAAAAGAAAGAUUCUCCCAUGUUAUAGGGGGGAUAGGGAACGGAUAAUGUACUGUAAAGGGCCUUCCAUCUGAAAGUCACAUCCUGAGUAAGUAGUCUAUCCUCACACCCUGCCUCCUCUUUGCCAUAUGGAAAUCCCUUAUCAUGCAUGAAGUCACAAUGCAUGUGUAUAAAUUUAAGUGGGUGGUGUAAUCAGAGUACUUACGAGAAUGAGCUUUAGUGACCAUUCUACUUUGAAAGGAUUGGAAAUCUAGAUGUGGUUACAUUGUGACUCCUGAAAACUAAGUCUAGAUGUCCUACAACGACAGCCCGUAUUUCUCACACCUAACCCUGAUAUUUGCACCAUAGUGACAUUCCUGAGUCAGUGGAAGAAAAAGAGAUGUACUUGGGUUAGACAUAAAAUUUACCUAAUUAAAGAAUUUAAGAAUUAUUCUUAUGGAGACUCCUUUGUAAUUUUUUAUUUGGUUUGUUUAUUCCAUGAGUGAGAGAGAGGUAGAAAGAGAGAGAGAAAUAGCACCUCAGGGUGUUGAUGCCAUAAUACCCCUACCUCACCCCCAGCCUUCAGUCAGGCCUAGAUCAUGGGCUGGCAUGAGCCUGGUAUACUCCAAGAGGUCUCCAGACUUGAACUAGUAACCUUCCCUUGUGGGUCAGCCUCACAGGGCAUCAUAUUUUAU